AUGUCUUCAGUUAAAAAGUCAAAGGCACCCGCACCACAGCUGAGCGAUCAAGAGGUCCAACAAACCUACUCUCGAGUCCAGAAUGAGCUCCAAGGCAUAGCUGCCAAGAUAGGCGAGCUCGAGCAGGAGGCUGAAGAACAUGUGCUGGUCUUAUCCACACUGAAUGAAGCUCUUUCUGAAGAGCCUGAUCGGAAGUGUUUCCGCCUCAUAGGUGGCGUCCUGGUAGAACGGACUGUAAAGGACGUUGUUCCUGCGCUCCAGACGAAUCGGGAUGGGAUCCGCAAAGUUAUAGCCAGUUUGGCAGAGCAGUACAAGUCGAAAGAAGAGGACUUCGACAGAUUCAAGCAAGAGUACAAUAUUCGACCUGUUGCGAAGGUCUAA